UGGGGAGAGAAGGGGAAGCUAAUGGGCAAUGAGAGGCCAAUUCUCCUCCCUUGUGUCCUGUCACUUGUUCCAAUCCCUGUUUUAUUCUUGGGGCUGUUGCUGCCCGCGGCUCAGAGCACAAAGUCACAGGGUGUAAUGAACUUGUGAGCACCUUGAUUUCCCUAAUUCUGUCACUUUCCUCCCCUGCUCCUGUUCUGCCCUCAAUCCAUGUCUCCUGGGCACCUGCCUUCUCGCCCUCUGACUUGCACUGGGGAGGCGUUAUCUUUCUAAUAAGUCGCGCAACUUGUUUUUAAAUAUUUGUUGGAGAUUUUUUUGUUUUCUUCUUCUACGGCGAAUGUCGCAAGGGAAGCGGCUUUAUCGAUUGUCUACAUUUAAUUUGAUCUUGAGAGCCAGGAUGCUGUGAUUUAUCCCAGAGGAGCGAUCUGGAGUUGCGCCUGUUUCAUAGGAGACUGGGACUUUGCGUCACUUUCUGCGGACGAGAUGAGCAAACCGACCGGAUCAACAAGUCGGAUCCUGGACAUACCAUGCAAAGUAUGCGGGGAUCGCAGUUCAGGUAAACACUAUGGAGUGUACGCCUGUGAUGGAUGCUCAGGGUUUUUCAAAAGAAGCAUCAGACGGAACAGAACCUAUGUCUGCAAAUCUGGAAAUCAAGGGGGUUGUCCAGUUGACAAGACGCACAGGAAUCAGUGCCGUGCAUGUCGUCUGAAGAAAUGUCUGGAAGUCAACAUGAAUAAAGAUGCUGUUCAACAUGAAAGAGGACCAAGAACAUCCACCAUAAGGAAGCAAGUGGCACUAUACUUUAGAGGACACAAAGAAGUGAAUGGAAGCACGCCACACUUUUCAUCAACAGCACUGCCGACCCCAACCUUCUUCACUACUGUUAGACAAUUGGAAACCCACAACCUGGAGCUGGCAGCUGUCUCCGCUAUCCCAGAAAGACAGACCUUGGUAGGACUGCCACAGCCAACCCCAAAGUACCCUCAUGAAGUGAAUGGAGCCCCCCUAUAUCUGUAUGAGGUCGCCACUGAGUCAGUCUGUGAAUCAGCUGCACGGCUUUUAUUCAUGAGCAUUAAGUGGGCAAAGAGUGUACCUGCAUUCUCUACACUUUCACUGCAAGACCAGCUGAUGCUUCUAGAGGACGCGUGGAGAGAGCUGUUUGUUCUUGGAAUAGCACAAUGGGCGAUCCCAGUUGAUGCUAGUACACUACUGGCUGUAUCUGGAAUGAACAGUGAGAACACAGAAUCUCAAAAGCUGAAUAAGAUAAUCUCAGAGAUCCAGGCUUUACAAGAUGUGGUUUCUAGAUUUCGACAGCUCCGGCUAGACGCUACUGAAUUUGCUUGUCUCAAAUGCAUCGUCACUUUUAAGGCUGGUGUGCCUGCACACAGUGGUUCUGAGUUAAGGAGUUUCCGAAACGCUGCUGCUAUUUCAGCCUUACAGGACGAGGCACAGCUCACACUCAACAGCUACAUACACACCAGAUACCCUACACAGCCAUGUCGCUUUGGCAAACUCCUGUUGCUCCUGCCAGCACUGCGCUCUAUAAACCCAUCAACGAUAGAAGAGGUUUUUUUCAAGAAAACCAUUGGGAAUGUUCCAAUCACACGGCUACUUUCAGAUAUGUACAAGUCAAGUGACAUCUAGCCUUAAGAAAAAUCCUGAAAAAUAAAGACAAUUGCAAAUAACUGUUUAAGCAGAUAUAUGAACAUUUCUUCAGAAGGCCAUGUCCAGAACGAAUAAAGUUUUUUGUCAAAAAGCCAUCAUAUUGAUGAACAAGCUAUUCAACUACAUUCUAUCAUGGACAAGAACUUGACUUCAAGAAGCAAUCCAUAUUAAAAACGGAGUUACCCUCUACGGUUUUAAAAGUGCUGAGGCUAAAGUGCCAUUGUACAUAAGCAUAUUACAUCCCGUCAAACUGAAUCAUCUUAAUGUCUAAAAGAACGUCGUAUCUUCUUGUUUCAACCUUUUACAGAAAGGAAGAACAAACAAUAACAGAAGGCAAGAUUUGCUAAGGUGGCAAAUGGGUGUUUUCAAGAGUGUAUAUAGACACAAAAAUUCUUGGGAAUAUGGCUGCUUUUAUUCAGACUUGCUUGGUUCCCUGAUCUCUGUGUUGCACAGUUCUGUAACAUAGUCCUGUAUAGGCCUUGGUGCCAUAAAAAAAACAUAUACCACUUCCACUUCUCUGGGGUGGCUUGUGGUUCCAGCCACAAGUUUUGUAUCCCCUAGGCUAAGAAUGUGCCACACAGAUGAUUAAUACUUUGCACUUGAGAGUGUUUGGAAGUCCAUAAAUUACUUUUCCAUGUCUUAUAAAUCCUCUAAUUUCAAUUUGCUGCAAUCCCAAUCAAUACCACGACAUGAUGAGCUGGAAGCAUGCACAAUCCAUGUAUUGAAUCUUAGUAAUACAGUGUGAGCAAGUACUUAACCAACACGAUUAAUUCAGCUCCAAUUGUUUGAGAAUCAUUGCUUUAAUUUAUGUUUUGUAAGUCAGAAAUAUGUCAAAAAUCCUAUGUUUUAAUAAGACACAAAUGCCUUUCUGGAGAUGGAACACAAAGAGAACCAAAAGUGAAGGGAGAAGAAGUUGGCUUAGGGUAUGAAAACCAAAGGCAAGUGUCCAAAUCACUACCAUAUCAUAAACAAAUUGAUUCUUGUAUAGUUCUAAGAACUAAUUAGAGGCAAUUAAAACAUUCAUUUGUGUAGUUAUUCUGGACUCUAUCAAUUAUCACAAUACACGCAAAACCAUUGUAUCAUUACACAACAUUUAGAAAGGGACCAUUUAGUAACAGUAUAAAGACAUAGCUGCUUUACUUUCAGAGUUUUGGUGUGAUGUUAGGUUCUAGCACUGAGAAAUGAAAUCAGCACUUCAACUAUCAUAGACGAGUAAAGAUGUUGUUCCCUGUACAAAGUGUCUACUAAUUUGUGAAGAUAAAAGUUGUAUUCAAUUUCUUUACAAAGAAAAAUAAACUAUAUUGAAUUUAA